AUGGUAGAAAAGAGAGCUUUUUAUGAAGACGAUGAGCUUAUUAUAAAUAAGCCAGGCGUUAACGUCGAAAUUUCGCCUGAAUUAAAAAAGCAAGAAUCUUCUCAUGGUAAUAUUACCUUUGUAAAAGGCAUGGGUAUAAGGUCAACGCCAUUCUUGGAAAAGUAUUUCAAUAAGCUUAGAAAUUUUGUUUAUGACAAAACUGUUAUUUACAGAGCAGAAAUUGAAACGCAAGCCUCUGCCCUUAAAAAUGAAGUGAACUGCGUGGAAGAUAAAUUCAAUCAAAAUAUCGUUGAGCCAGUGUUACCUAAUUUGACUUACAUUUUAACAGCCGCUUUAACAGGCUCUAUAUUAGUAAACAGAAGGAACUUUGCUCUUAGGUUCAUCACGCCAAUUGUUUUUGGUGUUUCAGCAUUUCGCUAUUAUAUGCCUUCAUCCUUCAGAAACGUUUCUGAUUCAUACACAAGAUACGAGGAGGCGAACCUUCCAAAACUAUUCGAGCAACGGACAAAGCUAGUAGCCGGCAUUAAAGAGAAUAGGUUGAUAGCUAAAGACAGAACACAAGACAUCAAAAUAAGUUUACAAAAUUAUAUUCAUGAUGGAAGAGUCUAUUUGUAUAAACAAUUAAAAUAA